UCAGAAAGAUUAGAAAAAAGAAAAACCAUUAAUUCUGUGUUUUUCUUCUUCUUCUUCAGUAACCAAAAAAAAAAAAACCCAAUUUUUUUUUCUUUCCAAUUGUUUGGAGAGGAAAUUAAGCUAGGGAAUGCAGAGAGAUGAGAGGCUCUCGGUUUUCUAAUCCACUUUUUUGUGCCGGAAAAAUCCAAAAAUCAAUCGCCGGCGGCAGGAAUUGUCACCGGAAACACGUCGAAGACGGGUGAACUAAUCACCCAUUUUCGCCAUUUCCGUGCACUAAAUCCUUUCUUAUUAACAGAUUCAAACACCCUUUUCGAUCUUUAAUCUCUUUUUUUCAAUCAAUUUUUUUUCUUUCUAAUGGGUCCUGAAGAGAAAUGUGGAGCUUUGAAUGGAAAAUAUGAAUUGGGUCGACUUUUAGGCCAUGGAACUUUCGCGAAAGUUUAUCACGCACGAAACGUGCAAAAUGGUAAAAGUGUUGCUAUGAAAGUCGUGGGAAAAGAGAAAAUCAUUAAAGUUGGUAUGAUGGAUCAAAUCAAACGAGAAAUCUCCGUUAUGAAGAUGGUGAAAAAUCCGAAUAUAGUCGAGCUCCACGAAGUCAUGGCGAGUAAAACAAAGAUUUACUUCGCCAUGGAAUUCGUUAAAGGAGGUGAGCUUUUCGCGAAAAUCGCGAAAGGCAAGUUGAGAGAGGAUGUUGCUAGAGGUUACUUCCAGCAACUCAUCUCAGCUAUCGAUUUCUGUCAUAGUAGAGGUGUAUUUCAUCGCGAUUUGAAACCCGAAAACUUGUUGUUAGAUGAGGAAGGAAAUCUCAAAGUGACUGAUUUCGGGUUAAGUGCAUUUACAGAACAUUUAAGACAGGAUGGUUUGCUACACACUACUUGUGGUACACCAGCCUAUGUUGCCCCUGAAGUUAUUGGUAAAAAAGGCUACGAUGGUUCGAAAGCUGAUAUUUGGUCAUGUGGAGUGAUCCUAUAUGUUUUAUUAGCCGGUUUUUUACCGUUUCAAGACGAAAACAUUAUGGCUAUGUAUAAAAAGAUAUACAGAGGUGAUUUUACAUGUCCACCUUGGUUUUCUUCUGAAGCUAGGAGGUUGAUCACGAAGAUGUUGGAUCCGAAUCCCAAUUCAAGAAUCACUACUUCAAAGAUCAUGAAUUCGUCGUGGUUCAAGAAAUCAAUUCCAAGAACAUUAAGAAACAAGGAUGAAGAAGAAUUUGCAUUUGCCUCAGAUAAGGGUACUAGUAAGGAAGUUGAGACAAUGAACGCGUUUCAUAUAAUUUCGUUAUCUGAGGGGUUUGAUUUGUCACCUUUGUUCGAAGAGAAUAAAAAGAAGGAGAAAGAACAUAUGAGAUUCGUGACAACUAGGCCAGCAAGUAGUUUGAUAUCUAAGCUAGAGGAGGUAGCAAAGACAUCGAAUUUCAGCGUAAAAAAGAGUGAUUCUUGUGUAAGGUUACAAGGACAAGUGAUUGGGAGGAAAGGGAAAUUGGGAAUUGCUGCUGAUAUAUUUGCUGUGACAAAUUCAUUUCUAGUUAUGGAAGUGAAUAAAGCUAGUGGUGAUACAUUGGAAUAUAAUCAAUUCUGCAGCAAAAAGCUUAGACCUGCACUUAAGGAUAUUGUUUGGACAUCAGCUACAUAGAAUUCUGCACCUUCUUGAAAGAUAAAAUAAAGGUGUAGAAAUGGGAAUUUUUAUUUAGUUGUGUUCGUUUUCAUGUUGUUAAUUAGAUUUUUAUUAUUAACUUAGAGGUUGAAUUUUCAUCUCAAGAAAUUUCUUGAAUUGUUGAAUAUGUCUUUUGUGUUGUUUUGCAAAUUUGCAUCUACUUUUGGUUGUUGUUAUAAAUGUGUGUGAUGCUUUAAUAAUGAUUCAUUUU